CAAAAGUCCCUCAGACAGACUGACAAACAGCUCUCAGUUGUCUGCACUGUUGUCAUUAUCAUUAUACUGUAUUCCUCAUCAUUGAACAAAAAUAAUCUUCCUGCAGUUUUGAAGUGGACUUGCUGAAGUCUCAGCGCUGCAUCUUCAAAAUGCAUCGGUUGGGAUUAAGGGGAGUGUUGCUGCUCUGUUUUGCAGCAGCAUGUGUGUCUGGGAUGAGGAGAGAGUACUUCCUUAGGAUAGAGGAAGUUUCUUGGAACUACGCUCCAACUGGAAUGAACAUUAUUCAAAACCGCACGCUGCAGGAGGAUGAAGAAGCCUCAGUAUUUUUAAAAAAAGGCCCCCAGCGUAUCGGCUCCACCUACAAGAAGGCCGUGUAUAAGCAGUACACCGACUCCUCCUACAGGACAGAGGUGAUAAAGCCAGACUGGCUGGGCUACCUUGGACCUCUGCUAAUGUCCGAGGAGGGAGACACUGUCAUCGUGCACCUGAAGAACAUAGCAACAAGGCCUUACAGCAUCCACCCACAUGGACUGAACUACAGCAAGGGCAAUGAGGGCGCUCUUUACCCCGAUGGUACUGGUCCAGAGCUAAAGCGUGACGACUCAGUGGCUCCAGGUUCCAUAGUAACGUAUGAGUGGACCCUCCCAGAGACCCACAGUCCAACACCAGAGGACAGCAAUUGCCUGACCGAAUUCUACCACUCCCACGAGCCCACCAAAGACAUCAGCGCAGGACUGAUAGGACCCCUCAUCAUCUGUAAGAGAGGAACUCUGGACUUACAUGGAGACAACUCAAGCGACUAUCUGUACGCUUUGCUGUUCAUGGUGGCAGAUGAGAACUUCAGCUGGUACCUUGAUGAAAACAUCAGGACGCACAUUACAAGUCCUGCCAAGGACCUGAAGAAUGAUGAAGAUUUUAUUGAGAGCAACAAAAUGCAUGGCAUAAACGGUUUUCUGUACGGUAACCUGCCUGGACUGACCAUGUGCCAAGGCAACAAGAUCCACUGGCAUUUGAUUGGCUUAGGCAAUGAGGUGGACAUGCAUUCGGUUCAUUUCCAUGGCCAGAUCCUGACCGUGCAGAACCACCACACAGACACAGUCAGUCUUUUCCCCGCCUCCAGCACCACAGCUGAGAUGGUAGCUGACAACCCCGGACACUGGCUGCUGGCUUGCGGCAUCAAUGACCAUUUGACAGCUGGAAUGCAGGCUAUAUUUGAGAUCAAGAAAUGUUUUCCCAACGUCCAUAAACCCCAGCCACACGGUGAACUCAGACCCUUCUUCAUUGCUGCUGAAGAAGACAUCUGGGAUUACGCUCCCAUCCCACCAACUGAUGGUGAAGCAGAACAGUUUGUAACAAGAGGUCGAUACCGUAUUGGAAGCCGCUAUAAGAAGGUCCGCUAUGUGGAAUACACUGACAACACCUUCACAACAAAGAUGCUACGCAGCCCAGAGGAGCAACACCUUGGAAUAAUGGGUCCAGUGCUGAGAGCUGAAGAGAAGGACACUAUCAAGGUGGUGUUUAAGAACAAAGCCAGCCGGCCUUACAGCAUACAGCCACAUGGUGUUCAGUACAGUAUAGAAGACAGUGGGACGCUCUAUCACAAUGAACUGGAAGAGUCCCAUACAGCAAAGAAACUACGCGAGUUGAAAAAGGAACCAAGAGUAGUGACCCCUCUGCCAGCUGCUCUAGUCAGACCCGGGACAAUCUACACCUAUGAGUGGACAGUGCCAGUGGGUGCUGGUCCAGUGCAAGGGGAGGCUGACUGUCUGACCUAUCUAUACUACUCUGGAGUGGACCCUGUUAAAGACACCCACUCUGGGUUGAUGGGACCGCUCCUCAUCUGUCGACCUGGGUCCCUGAAGAAAGGAGUCCAGAAGAACUAUAACAAAGAGUUCCACCUCAUGGCCACAACAUUUGAUGAGAACCUGAGCUGGUAUCUGGACGAGAACAAGAGAACCGUACUUGGUCCUGUCACUGUUAACGACGCCUUUAUAGAAAGCAACAAGAUGCAUGCCAUCAAUGGCUUUGUGUAUAGAAACCUCCCAGGUCUGACCAUGUGUAAGGGGGAUAAAGUAACGUGGCAUGUGUCAGGACUGGGUACAGAGACAGACGUCAUCAGCCUUUACUUCCAGGGAAAUCGCUUCAUCUACCGCCAGAACCGACGGGACACCAUCAGCGUCUUCCCUCACAUCUCACACACUGUCACUAUGGAGCCAGACAGCAUGGGUCAGUUUGAAGUGGUGUCAGCUACAGUUAACCAAUAUCGUGCUGGAAUGAGAGCUAACUACACGGUACAGAAGUGCAGCUUGUUGCAGCGUCAGGGUGAGAUUAUGCUCCACUCAAAAACCUACUACAUCGCUGCCAUGGAAGUGGACUGGAACUACUCUCCAAAUCGUACCUGGGAGACUGAGAUGUUUCGCGGACCGGACAGCCCUGCUCCUGCCUUCCUGGACCAGCAGGGUGGGUUUAUAGGCUCCAGUUACAAGAAGGUGGUCUACCUCAGGUUCACCAAUAAAAAGUUCACUCAGCAGAUGGAAAGAGCAGCUGAUAUGGAACACCUCGGUAUUUUGGGUCCAAUGAUUCAUGCCGAUGUGGGAGACAAAGUUACGGUGGUUUUUAAAAACAUGGCGUCUAGGCCUUAUUCCAUCCACGCCCAUGGAGUCAAGACAGAAACCCCAGAUGUCCAUCUCACCCAACCAGGCGAGACUCACUCGUACUACUGGUACGUUACGAAGAAUACAGGACCAACCCCAGAGCAGGAGCAGUGCACUGUGUCGGCAUACUACUCCACUGCUGAUGUUACCAAGGACAUGUACAGCGGUCUGAUUGGUCCGUUGGUGAUCUGUCGUCGUAGCUGGAGCAGGAGUUUUGGUGCGCGGAAGGAAGUGGAAGAGUUUGCGCUUCUUUUCCUGAUUUUUGAUGAGAAUGAAAGCUGGUAUCUGGACGAAAAUAUCCGGACACACAUCAGAAACCCUCGCCCAAACCUGAAGGAUGAUGAAACAUUCAUAGAGAGCAACAAGAUGCAUGCCAUUAAUGGUUACAUGUAUGCAAAUCUGAAUGGUUUGAACAUGGAGGUGGGUGAUAAGGUGUACUGGUACCUGAUGGGAAUGGGCAACGAUGUGGACAUACACUCUGCCCACUGGCAUGGACACAGUGUGGAAUAUAAGCUGGGUGGAGGCCCUCAUCGUACUGAUGUGUAUGAGCUGUUUCCAGCCACCUUUCAGACAGUAAAGAUGCGUCCUCAGUAUCCAGGUACCUGGCUGCUCCACUGUCACGUCACUGACCAUAUUAAAGGUGGCAUGGAGGCGAUGUAUACUGUUACCGAGAAAGCAAAGAAGACAGGACUAUUUGGCUGAACUUUUGAAAAAAAAGGAUCAAGAAAGAAGACAGCAGGUCAAGCUAAAGUUUUAUUCCAGAAUCAAAUUCAGUAAUUUGGUCUUGUUCCAUAUUGCGUAAAUGAUUGUAAUGUCCCGAAAAUAACACCAAACCUGUAAAACUACAAUAAAGAAAAAAAUGUAAAAGUGU